GCAGCAGGCUAACUAGCAAUCUAGCUAGCUACGUAUGCUACCACUCACUAUAUGCAUGCACCAAUUAGCUAAAUUUAAACUAAUUAGCCAAUAUGUUUUUUCUCCCACCAGCUGCACAACCCUGUUCUUCUGAUUUGUUUUAUUACUUACUGCUUCAUGGAGGAACGAACGAAAGACUGUUUGAUUCUUAUAAAUCGUAUUCUUGGAGAACUUAAAUUUAUGUGGACUCCGUACGGUGUGUUAUAAUGCCGCAUUUCCACGCGCUGGAUCAAAAUAGGUGAAUUGGACUCUUUGGAAUAACGCUGCUGCUUUUUAAACCUCUGCUCUGCACCCCCUGAGUGUGGCUGAUCUGAGAUCAGUUCCAGGUUGAUGUUGUCUUGUGGGGGGCCCGCAGGGUUGCUUUCAAGAUAGACCCCCAACAGCAGGCAGCCUCCGCCAAUCUCCUGAGCGAGUCCCGCCUCCUGCCGGAUAAGACCGCCCACAAGCUCCCCCUGCGUCUGCCCGACGCCAAGCCCAGCAACCUGCAGGCCCUCAGCCAAUCGCUGGGGCAGGACAGCGUCGCCAUGGACACGGAGUCCACCUACUCUGGGUACUCUUACUACUCCGGCCGCUCCAGGGGUUCUCACCGACAUGGGGAGCGUAGCCGGGACCGGCACAAGUCGCGCAGCAAGGACAGCAGCCGAUCGGAGAAAUCUGUCACCAUCAACGCCCCGCCCGCCGAGCCGCUGCUGGGGGACCCCGCCUCCCGCGGGGAGGAGGUGCAGGAUGAUAACUGGGGCGAGACCACCACAGCGGUGACGGGCACGUCGGAGCACAGCCUGUCCCAGGAGGACAUUGUGCGCAUCAGUAAGGACCUGGAGGACAGCGUGGGGCUGGGCUGCCGGCGGUACCUGGGGCUGACGGUGGGGGUGCUGCUGGGCGUGCUGGUGCUGCUGACGCCGCUGGCCUUCCUGGUGCUGCCCCACGUGCUCUGGCCCGAGCGGCUCAAGGCCUGCGGGACGGCCUGCGAGGGGCUCUUCAUCUCCGUGGCCUUCAAGCUGCUCAUCCUCCUCAUCGCCGUGUGGGCGCUGUUCCUGCGCCCGCCCCGCGCCGGCCUCCCGCGCGUCUUCGUCUUCCGGGCGCUGCUCAUGGUGCUGGUGCUGCUCUUCGUCGUCUCCUACUGGCUGUUCUACGGCGUGCGCAUCCUGGAGUCACGGGAUGAGAACUAUCAGGGCAUAGUGCAGUACGCCGUGUCGCUGGUGGACGCUCUGCUGUUCAUUCACUACCUGGCCAUCGUGCUCCUGGAGCUGAGACAGCUGCAGCCCUGCUUCUCUGUGUGCGUCACACGCUCCACUGACGGAGAGACACGCCACUAUAACCUGGGACAGCUCAGUAUCCAGCGGGCUGCCCUAUCCAUCCUGGAGAACUACUACCGAGAUUUCCCCGUCCAUAACCCCGCCCUGCUGACCGCCUCCAAAUCCCGCGCGGCCAAACACCUGGCCGGCCUCAAGGUCUACAACGUGGACGGUCCGGGGAAUAACAGCGCGGGGCAGUCUCGAGCCAUGAUCGCGGCCGCCGCCCGCCGCAGGGACACCAGCCACAACGAGCUGUACUACGAGGAGGCCGACCACGAGAGGCGUGUCAGGAAACGCCGUGCCAGGUUGGUGGUGGCGGUAGAGGAGGCUUUCACACACAUCAAGCGCAUGCAGGAGGAGGAGCAGAAGAAGACUCCUGGGGAGGUGAUGGACCCGCGGGAGGCUGCCCAGGCCAUCUUCCCCUCCAUGGCCCGCGCGCUGCAGAAAUACCUCCGCACCACUAGGCAGCAGCACUGCCACACCAUGGAGAGCAUCCAGCAGCACCUGGCCUUCUGCAUCACCAACAACAUGACACCCAAGGCCUUCUUGGAGAGCUACCUGACCCCGGGCCCCACGCUGCAGUACGGGAGGGAGCGCUGGCUGGCCAGGCACUGGACGCUGAUCAGCGAGGCCACGGUGACCAGCGGCCUGAAGGAGGGAUCAGUCUUCCUACUCAAGUGCAUAGACUUCAGCCUGGUGGUGACCGCCAAGCGCAUCCCCUACAUCCAGCUGUCCGAGGAGUUCAUCGACCCCAAGUCCCACAAGUUCGUCCUGCGGCUGCAGUCCGAGACCUCGGUGUAGCGUAGCGCACGCGGGUUUUACUCUUUUAGAUCAUUUUUUACGAGGUUUAUAUUUUAUUUGGUGUGUCGUUUUUCUUUUUUUUUUCUUUUUUGGUCACUUAUGCAAAUCUUUUUUUUGUUUUGGUUAAAAGAUAUUAGCUGAUAUUUAAAGAAAUAAAAAUCACACA